GAAAGCACUGGAGAAUGGUGAAGUGCCCGUUGGCUGUCUCAUGGUCUACAAUAAUGAGAUCAUAGGGAAGGGGAAGAAUGAAGUGAAUGAAACUAAAAAUGCUACUCGCCAUGCAGAAAUGGUGGCAAUUGAUCAGGUGAUAGACUGGUGUCGUCAGCACAAGAAGGACCCCAAAGAAGUAUUUGGGCACACAGUGUUAUAUGUCACUGUAGAGCCUUGUAUAAUGUGUGCAGCUGCCCUGCGCAUGAUGAAAAUCCCACUUGUUGUAUAUGGUUGCCAAAAUGAACGGUUUGGAGGCUGUGGCUCUGUUUUGAACAUCUCUUCUGCUGUCUUAACAGAAACAGGAGAACCAUUUCAGUGCAUAGCUGGUUAUCGAUCGGAAGAAGCUGUGGAAAUGUUGAAAACAUUCUACAGACAAGAAAACCCAAAUGCACCAAAAUCAAAAGUUCGAAAAAAGGAAUGCGUUAAAUGAUUAGCUGUGGUGGAAACUAAACUGGCCCUGG